UUUAAGAGAAUCAUAGAUCGUCUAAACCCUAAACCCUUCUCGGCACUUCUCUCUUCCUUGACGCCAUGGUUGCCCGCGCUUAUCAUCCCGAGAACUUCGAAAGCCCUAAACCAUCUCCUCACCUUCUCCAUCUCCGCCGCCUCCCUCGUUUCCCAGCGAUUUCAUCCCAACCUUUAGAUGCUCUCGGUCUAUGGUCUCCUCCACUUUCCCGCAAUCAAACCUUUCUGAAGCCGCCUCCUCGGCGCUUGACCUUGAUCGCAGAGUCCCAGCCACCGUGAUCACCGGGUUCCUUGGCUCUGGAAAGACGACUUUGUUGAACCAUAUUCUAACUUCGCAACAUGGAAAGCGGAUUGCUGUUAUUGAGAAUGAGUUUGGAGAGGUGGACAUUGACAGUUCAUUGGUUGCCAACCAUUCUUCAGUACCUGGGGAGGAUAUUGUAAUGGUUAACAAUGGCUGCUUGUGUUGCACCGUCAGAGGCGACCUAGUUAAAAUGCUAUUGAAAUUGGUCAAGACAAAGCGAGACAAAUUUGAUCAUAUUAUUAUAGAGACAACAGGUUUGGCAAAACCCUCCCCUGUCAUAGAAACAUUCUGUUCAGAUGAAUUAGUUGCAGAAAAUUUGAAACUUGAUGGAGUUGUAACAAUGGUAGACUGCAAGCAUGCCAUGCAACAUUUGAAUGAAGUCAAGCCGAGGUGGGUUGUCAAUGAGGCGGUGGAACAAGUUGCUUAUGCAGAUCGUAUCAUACUAAACAAGGUAGAUUUGGUGACUGAGACAGAAUUGGAUGCCCUCACUAAGAGAAUUAGACUUAUAAAUGGUAUGGCACAGAUAAAGCAAGCCAAAUUUGGAGCUGUUGACAUGGAUUUUGUUUUAGGAGUGGGAGGAUACGACCUUGACAGAAUCGAGUCUGCAGUUCAGGUUGACACAGACCAUAAUGCUACCAAUCAUUGUGUUAAUGGGCAUGAUCAUCAUCAUCAUCAUCAUCAUCAUCAUCAUCAUCAUCAUCACACAGGGCACCAUCAUGACCAUGUGCAUGAUUCUGCCGUGUCAAGUGUCAGUAUAGUCUCUGAGGGAACCCUUGAUCUUGAUGAGGUUAAUGAUUGGCUUGAGAGACUGGUUGAUGAGAAGGGGGAAGACUUAUAUAGGAUGAAAGGUGUAUUAUCCGUCAAUGAUUCCACAGGACGGUUUGUUUUUCAGGGGGUGCAUUCUAUGUUAGAUGGAUGUCCUGGAAAGCCAUGGGAGCCAGAUGAGAAGAGGAUCAGCAAACUUGUAUUCAUUGGAAGGGAUCUGGAUGAAGCUGCCUUGAGAAAGGCCUUCAACGGGUGCUUAGUUUGAUCUUAUCAUGCAAAGAAACCCAAAAAAUCCAGCAAAAGAGCGCUGCUGUAAUACGCAAGCUUUAUGAUCUUCAUUAUCUUUAAAAAGGAUUAUUAUGUUGUACACUAACAACUAUCAUUAACACUGUUACUCAGUCUACAUAUAAAGAUCAAUAACUUAAACUUAUUAUUUAUUCAUUCAUUUUA